AUGCCAUAUACGAUUCAGGUACGUGGUCUUCCAGAGGACACGAACGAGGAGGCUGUGCGCGACUUUUUUAGCCGUGUGGGCGAUGUGGCGCGAUGCACGCUGGAGAAUAACGCCGCGACGCUGUCGUUUGAGAAGGAAGAUGACUUUAACGAGGCUCUGAACAUGGAUGGUAUGGAAUUUGAAAACGGUGCCGCCAUUCAAGUGACAAAGAAGGAACAGAACCAUGCGGCGGGGCAGCAGCCUGGGCGUGAGGACAACGACGCGGAGGACAACCACAAAAAUGGUGCGACUGAGGCAGAGAGGGCCGAAGGGAGGGAUUCAAUGCCACGCGAUAACCGCAAGCGUUUCCGUGAGGAAUUCAAGAUUGCCGUCCGCCACAUCGCAGAGGACACCACCGAACAGCAGCUCCGUGAGCUUUUUGAGCCGCUGGGAACCAUCGCCGACCUCUUUCUAGAGCCACGGCGCCGCUACGCCUUUGUCGGCUUUGACAACACCGACUCCCUUGAAGCUGCCCUGCAGAUGACAGGUCGUGAGCUGAACGGUGUGGCCAUUGAGGUGGAGAAGAAACGCACAGCCCCACGUGAGAACGUGUUGCAGACGAAAGUAGUGGUGAAGGGAUUGCCGCCAAACACAACAGAGGAGGAGCUUCGCGCUUUCUUUGCCUCCGCUGGGGAACCUGUCGACGUCUUCAUCCACGACAAGAAGCACUUUGCGUUUAUUGGCUUUCCCAACGAGGAGUCUUGUGGGGCGGCGCUUCGGCUGACUGGCUCGGAGCUAAACGGCAGCCGCGUCGAGAUUGAGCGACGCCAGCGCCAGCGCUGCUUCAAAUGUGACAGGGAGGGCCACGUGGCGCUGCAGUGCCGUGCUGUUGACUCCAUGUACCGUUCUACCCUGCGUGAUAACCGCCGCAACUACAACGACAGGCGCGACUUCAACGACCGACGGGGCUUCAACGACCGGCGGGAUUUUAACGACCGGCGCGACUUCAAUGACCGACGAGGCUUCAACGAGCGGCGCGACUUAAAUGACCGACGGGGCUUCAACGACCGGCGGGAUUUUAACGACCGGCGUGACUACAACGAUCGGCGAGAGUUUAAUGACAGGCAAGACGUCAGUGAGAGGCGAGACUUCAAUGAACGACGGGACGUCGAAAAACGGGAGGAUCGCCGCCGUCCUCGAUCUCGCUCGGACUCAUACGAACGGCAUCGUCGCCGUCACAGUCACAGUCGAAGCCGGAGCCGGAGCCCGAAGCGCUUUGCUCGUGAACGUGACCGCGAGCGGGACCGCAGCCGCAGUCCAGCGCGCCGCCGCUAUUAG